AAAAAAUGUUCUUGUAUUGCAGACGUGCGCUUUUGAUUUAUGUCUGAAUGAGUCUGAAUGCUGCUCUGAACAACAGUACUGCUUUUUACAUGCAAAUGGCUAAUACUGUAUGUGACAGAGUAUUCAGGGUGUCAAGCCUGGUCUCGGUUUCCCAUAGCGGAGUGUUUCCCAGGCCCCUGGUGCUACCCAGAAUGCUCAGCCUUAUUUCCUCCUGCCAAUUAAGGCCGUGCACCAGCGAAUCAGGGUGCUACCACCGCAACAUUAAAAAGGCCAUUCAGUUGCUCUCAGAGAGCAAUUACAGCUGCAGUUUCAAAUAACAUGCCCGCCUGUUAUUACGACCAUUUAGAACGUGAGUCUGGCCAGGGGGCUGAGCACCUCACUUGCCCACCCUAGCUUGGCCCCAUCUGCCGAGUCGGGCCGGUACUCGUUUUCCUGAUAAAUCUCCCCCACCUGUCACUUGGGAUCGGCCAAACGGACGUAAGACAGCGAUCUCCAAAGAUCAACACCCCCUCCCCCCCAGAACAAAUGGAAGUGGACUAAUCUCACCCCGAAGACAGUAACCCCCAUCUCAGGUCGAACAAAUCUUGGACCAAGAAUAUAAAAAAAGGUCGUCGCCUUGCCAUGGCUGCUUCCGGGGGGGCUGGCAGACACGGGGGGCUGUGCGUCAGCCUGUGCGUGGCCCUCAUUCCCCUGGCCGUCCUUUACGGUAAAGCUCUGAAAAGCAACUUCGAGAGACAUUUGGAGAAGAGAGACAUUCUUGUAUCAACAGAGAUUCCUGCUGGAGAUACUGACCUUGCCUCCAUUGACAUGACUCUCUUGGUGAAUAAGUUAAUAAACUCGACACAAACUGGCUCCCAGCACAUUUUUACUCUGCUGAGCAUCACGUCUCAUAGCUCCUUGGCCUUCAACAAGCUCACCGUUCUCGUCUACAACAUUUCCAAUUUCAGGAACAUCGAGACUAGCCUCCUUCCAAUGAGAUACUGCUACUGUUUGACUAAUAGGUCUAACGACUUGACAGACUUCACUGCCAUAUUAUUGGACAUCAUGGGGAAUUCCUCCAGCUACCUUCACGAGAUCUUCAAAUCCAGCUCCAUAUUGUCAGUGAGUCAGAACAAGGACUCGGACUGCAUAUACAUCUGUGUGAUGGCUGGGAAGACCGAGAGAGAUCUGUCUCAGCUCUGGGAGGUGGAAUCCGUCAAGCCUCUCUUCAAUCAGACUAUUACUGCUGACCUCCACAGAGGCAACAUCACAGUCCCUCAUCUAGCUAUGGGGUGGCACCAUUCGCUGUCCGGGUCCAGCACCGACAGCUCGGCCCAGCCCAGCGGCAUGCAGAACGGCUCCGGAAACGCCACCACGCCCGCCCGGGGUGAAGUCACCCCCAGCCCCAGCCCGACCCCCAGGACGGUGUCCCCGGCCAGUUUCGCUGAGAGACCACGCAGGGUUGCAGGCUGUCCGUGGAAAAGACCGGACAUCUCCCAGGUUGGGACAGCGAGAAGGAAGGUGGAGCCCACGGCCAGCACUGCCGCCACCCCCAUCAGCGCCCAGAAACUGCAGUCCUGCCUGCUCGAACUCUGCAAGUUCUUCUCGCGGUGCCGGUGCCGCGACUCCGACCGCGGUGGAGCGGCUCGGUAAGGCGGCGCGUUGCCAUGACAACCUUACAAUAAGUUCAUAAUGAGCAGCUUGUAUUGUACGUGUCAUAUUUAUAUAUCUAAAUUGGGCGUAUAUUGCGUAAAUGACUCUCCAUGAAUGCGGGCAAUAAUGAUGAUUAUCCUUUAAUGGGAAUGAAAUUGCUUCCGGUGAA